CUCUUAUUAAUAAUAAUCCCAUUCAUGCUGAUUCAUUUUUCCUUUCCCAUAUUGCUCCCAACGGUAUUUCUCAGACACAGAAGAGCUCACACCCACCCCACCAUGUACAUGACUCCCAUAUCAUCUCCCCUUAUUCUCCUCUCCUUUCCAGCUGUGAACUUCAGUGGGGAGUGGUCUGUGGGCCAGGUCCACACCAAUACUACAUAUAAGGCCUUCAGCCCCUUGAGGAUCAAUGCAAAUGUAGGGUUGCAAAUUGGUCUUCGAGGGAUCAAUAUUACUCUUACAGGGACACCAGUACGGCAACUGAAUGAGACCAUUGACUACAAUGAGCAGUUCAGAUGGCAUUUUGGACAGAAUUAUGCUGAGGAGUACACUGAAGCACUGGAGAAGGGGGUGCCUGACCCAGUACUCUACCUGGCAGAGAAAUUUACUCCAAACAAUCCCUGUGAUCUGUACCGCCAAUACCGGCUGGCUGGACACUAUGCUUCUGCCAUGCUCUGGGUGGCAUUCCUCUGCUGGCUGUUAUCGAAUGUGCUGCUCUCCAUGCCUGCAUUAGUUUAUGGUGGGCACAUGCUCCUGGCCACCGGAGCCUUCCUCAUCUUCUCAUUGCUCUUCUUCUCCGCGGCCACCACACUGACCCCUCUGUGCCCGCUCCGCCUGGGCUCUGCUUCCCUGCAUAUUCAACGUGGACCUGCCUUCUGGAUCACACUGGCUACUG